AUGGAAUCAUUGGUCUGCGUAGCAGUGUGGGCUGUGACCUUGGCCGUGGCCAUGGCUUCCAUCCUGUGGGCGUACAGGUGGAGCCACCCGAAAGCUAACGGCCAGCUGCCUCCGGGCUCCCUCGGCUUCCCUCUCCUCGGCGAGACCUUGCAGUUCUUCGCGCCCAAUCCUACCUGUGACAUCUCGCCAUUCGUGAAGAAGAGACUGGACAGGUACGGCAACAUCUUCAAGACGAGCAUCGUGGGGCGGCCGGUGGUGGUGUCGGCGGACCCAGAGCUGAACUACUACGUGUUCCAGCAGGAAGGGAAGCUGUUCGAGAGCUGGUACCCGGACACCUUCUCCGAGAUCUUCGGCCGCGACAACGUCGGCUCCCUCCACGGCUUCAUGUACAAGUACCUCAAGACGCUCGUGCUCCGCCUCUACGGCCAGGAGAACCUCAGGGCCGUGCUCCUCGCCGACACCCACCGCGCCUGCCGCGCGAGCCUCGGCGCAUGGGCGAGCCGACCCUGCGGCGUCGAGCUCAAGGACGCCAUCUCCACCAUGAUAUUCGAUCUUACCGCGAAGAAGCUGAUCAGCUACGAGCCGUCCAAGUCGUCGGAGGAUCUGAGGAAGAACUUCGUGGCCUUCAUUCGCGGCCUCAUAUCGUUCCCGGUGGACAUUCCCGGCACAGCCUACCAUGAGUGCAUGCAGGGGAGGAAGAAGGCGAUGAAGGUGCUCAGGAAGAUGAUGCGUGAGCGGAUGGCGGAUCCGGGGAGGCAGAGCGAGGACUUCUUCGACGUGCUGAUCGAGGAGCUGAGGAGGGAGAAGCCCGUCAUGACGGAGGCCAUCGCGCUGGACCUCAUGUUCGUGCUCCUCUUCGCCAGCUUCGAGACGACGGCGCUGGCGCUCACGCUGGGCGUCAAGCUCCUGGCCGAGAACCCCAGGGUGCUCCGGGCGCUAACGGAGGAGCAUGAGGCGAUUGUCAGCAACAGGAAGGACAGGGAUGCCGGGCUCACGUGGGCCGAGUACAAGUCCAUGACCUUCACAUCUCAGGUUACACUCGAGAUUGUACGACUGGCAAACAUCGUGCCGGGUAUUUUUCGGAAGGCCUUGCAAGACAUUGAGUUCAAAGGCUACACCAUUCCGGCAGGUUGGGGAGUGAUGGUGUGUCCUCCAGCAGUGCACUUAAACCCCGAAAUCUAUGAAGAUCCAUUAGCGUUUAAUCCGUGGAGAUGGCAGGACAAGGUGGAAAUCACCGGUGGGACGAAGCAUUUCAUGGCCUUCGGUGGGGGGCUCCGGUUCUGUGUCGGCACAGAUCUCAGCAAGCUCUUGAUGGCAACCUUCAUCCACUGCCUGGUUACAAAGUACAGUUGGAGGACAAUCAAAGGAGGGAACAUAGUCCGUACCCCCGGGCUCAGCUUCCCCGAUGGCUUUCAUGUUCAGCUCUUACCUAAGAACUGA